CGAAAAGCUUAUUCCGUUUUCGGCCGCUACGGCUUUUAGUGUUAGUUUAAAAACCACGUCAAACAACUUAUUCUUGACUCAAAUUAUAGACUAGAAAAGGGUGUGGCGAAGGCCUUCGAAAUGUCCACUGAAGUUGCGAGCAAGCCGCUUUUUGGAUAUGUUGAUAUAGUACUUCUGGCCUCGUUUGUUGGGGUCGUUCUCUAUUGGUUUUGUGGACGCAAGAAAAAGAACGAGUUUGUAAUGCCCACCAAGCUCAUGGUUGCGCCAAGCAUUAUUAAACAGUCUGCUGAUGAUAACAGUUUUAUUGGCAAGCUGAAAAAAUCUGGCAAGCCACUAGCCAUUUUUUAUGGCUCUCAAACAGGGACAGCUGAGGAGUUUGCAAGCCGUUUAGCUAAGGAUGCUCAGAGAUAUGGCAUCAAGGCAAUGGUGUUUGACCCAGAGGAAAAUGACAUGGAAGAGUUAACUCGCAUGGGAGAAAUUGAUAACAGCUUUGCUAUAUUUGUGAUGGCCACAUAUGGUGAGGGUGACCCUACAGAUAAUGCACAGGAAUUCUAUGAAUGGCUACAGAAUGACAGAGAUGAUCUGGACUGUCUCAAUUUUGCUGUUUUUGGCCUGGGAAACAAGACCUAUGAACACUAUAAUUCCAUGGGGCGAUAUGUAGACAAACGCCUGGAGGAACUCGGGGGAUACAGAAUAUACCAAAGAGGAGAGGGUGAUGAUGAUGGCAAUAUAGAGGAAGACUUUGUUCGAUGGAGAGAAGAAUUUUGGCCUGCCGUUCUUAAGUACUUCAAUAUCAAUGUCCGGGAUAUCAAAAGGCGUCUUUCGUCUUGUAUCGAAAGGCAAUUCAGGCUCAACGAACAGAGGGAUACACCUCAAGAAAAAGUAUUCACUGGCGAGAUCGCAAGACUCAAAGCCUACGAACGCCAGAGACCGCCGUACGAUGCUAAAAAUCCUUUCCUGGCGCCCAUCGUCAUCAACCGUGAGUUACACAAGGGAGGAGACAGGUCUUGCAUGCACAUUGAGCUGGACAUCACAGGAUCUGGGAUCAAGUAUGAUGCUGGUGACCAUGUUGCAGUCUACCCGACAAAUAACUUGGAUCUUGUUGAAAAGUUCAGCCAGCUUCUAAAUGUUGACCUGGAUACCGUCUUCUCUCUCGACAAUGUGGACGAGGACGCAUCAAAGAAACACCCUUUUCCCUGCCCCACAACCUAUCGCACUGCUCUCAUGCACUAUGUAGACAUCACGAGUACUGUGAAGACCCAUGUGCUACGCGAACUGGCAGAGUAUGCACGUGAUCACGAGGAAAAGGAGUUCCUUAUGGCUAUCAGUGACAGUACAGAGGAAGCCAAGAAAAAAUAUAACGAAUGGGUGAUUCAGCCUCAUCGACAUAUCGUCGCUGUUCUUGAGGACAUGCCCUCCCUGAAACCACCCCUUGACCACAUUCUCGAGCUACUGCCACGCCUACAGUGCAGAUACUACUCCAUCUCCUCGUCACCAAAGGCUCACCCAUCUCACAUUCAUGUCACUGCUGUUGUCGUGAAAUGGACGACAAAAACUGGCCGAGUACAAAACGGAGUGGCGACCACUUGGCUUGCCACCAAGAUCCCUAAAGAUGCGGACUGCCCGAGGGUGCCAAUCUUUGUACGGAGGACCACAUUCCGCCUUCCAUUCAAGCCCGUCACUCCGGUUAUUAUGAUCGGACCCGGCACUGGACUCGCACCAUUCAGGGGCUUCAUCCAGGACCGCAAUGCGCUCGUCAAACAAGGCAAACGUGUGGGUGAUACGGUGCUGUUCUUCGGGUGUCGCCACAAGGCUCAGGAUUACAUCUAUGAGAAUGAACUUGAGGAUUACGCCGCGGACGGCACGAUAUCGAGGCUGCACGUCGCCUUCUCUAGAGACCAGGAUAAAAAAAGGUACGUAACUCAUCUGAUGAGGGAGAACACUGACGAGAUUUGGAAUCUGCUAGACCAAGGAGCCCAUAUCUACGUAUGCGGCGACGCACGCAAUAUGGCCAGAGACGUGCACACCAUAGUGACGGAGAUUGCGCGGGAGAAAGGAGGCAUGACAGAUAGCCAAGCGGAUGAUUACGUCAAGAAGCUGAGCGCUAAGGGGCGAUACGCCACCGACGUUUGGAGCUGAGAGGAAUUUUUUUUCCAUCGGCAAAUGAGAUCUUAUUCGUGUUUUUUUUAUUUAUCUAUCGAUAUUAACUUGCCGUCACCCAAAGUCUGCGUCCAAGCUGACAGUUGUUGUUAUUAACAUUGUUAUGGAUUUUUUUUUUGCAUCGCAUUUUUUUUUUUUUUUACAAAAUAGCGAUUUUCUUAUCACCCGACGUAAAUAAUUGCAAAUGAUGAAUUUGAUAGCAAUUGAUAACAAUUUACGAAAUAGUCUUCAAUUAUUAUCAACCAAUGACAACAAUUGAUACUCAAUCAAUGUUUGAUAUCAAUUGAUAAUCAUUUAGUAAAUUGAUAUCAGUUAUUAUCAAAUGAUGCCAAUUAUAAAUUUGAUCAAUUAGUUAUGUCGGGCUAAUCAAUACUUUUAAUUGAACUUCUAGAAUAUCCCAACAUUUCAAAGCAAAUCAUUGAAAGUUAACGGAUGUAGCAUUGUAUGUAGAAUUUUACUCAGUAGUAAUUUACAAAUUGUCAUUAAGGAAUGGAACAUUUUAGUAAAUUAACAAAGCAUUCUA